AUGAAUCUCGAUGAGUCGUCCUAUCCAGCCCAAGAAUUUCCAAGUCCAAUUCAAUAUUCCUAUGAUGCCAACGACUAUACUGAAUUGAAUCCAUCGCCAUCGUCAUCGACGCCGAAUGAUGAAUGCAAAUUUGUCCAGAAUCCUCCACAGAGCUAUCACUACGAGCAUUUCUAUAUGCAUCACCAACAUCAAAUAUUUAACCAAUUCGCGCCGGGUUUUUAUAACGGCUAUCCGGGAUAUGUCGCAUAUGGUCCACAGACAUUAGGCGUGUACACCAAUCAAACUGUUGCUCAGCCGGAGCCCAUAAUGAGAGCUCGACGUGCUCCAUACGACGAUUAUCAAAUUCAAAUGCUCACCCAGAGAUUUGAGAAGAGCGACCGGAUUUCGCUACAGGAGCGACGCGAAAUGUCGGCCAUUAUUAAUUUGACACCCGAGCAGAUCAAAAUAUGGUUCCAAAAUCGGCGCUAUAAGCUCCGCAAGGCCAGAAACUCCAACUAUUGCCCAAACACGACGAUCAAUAGCAGUUCACCAACGACGUCGUCUUCUUCAAAAUCUCCAAGCGACACUGAAAAUGCGAUUCCGGGGCCGCCAGAGCCGUUGGCCAAAAGCGAAUAUAUGGCACCAAAAUCAGAAAUAACUGUAGAGCCCGACGAAAUGAAAGCAUCGCCGACGACAGCAAUUCCGGCAUCUGGAGAAGCGGAAAAAAUGGAAAAGUCGAAAAGCGCUACCUCGCUGUUCGUUCCGGUUGAGGAUUCCGGAACAGUUGCUCUCGCCAAACAAGGCUAUGAAAUGUUGGCCAAAGUGCUCGCGUGCGGUAAAUUGGGCACCAAAGGAUUGACGGUAUCCGUUAGCAUUGAUAUUAUUUUACUAUUGCUGGAUUCGGUGAAAAAGUUAUUUCUAGAACAACCAUCGCUUGUUGAAGUUGACUCGCCAAUUAAUAUUUGUGGCGAUAUUCAUGGACAAUUUUCAGAUCUACUCCGGUUAUUUGACAAAGUUGGAUUCCCCCAACGCGUCAAUUAUUUAUUUCUUGGAGAUUAUGUGGAUCGUGGCAGGCAUAGCAUAGAAACGAUCCUUCUAUUAUUCUCUUAUCGCUUGUGCCCCACAAUUAAUAAAGUUUACGGAUUCUACGAUGAGUGUCAGAGGCGAUUCAAAAGCGUUAAAAUUUGGGAAGCGUUUCAAGACACAUUCUCAACAAUGCCUCUCACCGCCCUAAUUGGAGAUAAAAUUCUGUGCAUGCAUGGCGGAGUGUCGCCGAAAUUGAAGAGUUUGGAUCAAUUAAGGGUCAUGAAGCGACCAAAUUAUCAGCCGGAAGCUUCAACACUAGAAAUCGAUAUACUUUGGAGUGAUCCGGGCAGCUUCACAAAAGGAUGGUCGGCAAAUCAACGAGGAGUUUCUUAUGUGUUUGGCGCUGAUGCUUUAAAAAAGGUGACCGAUGAUUUGAAGAUCGAUUUAGUCGUCAGAGCUCAUCAGGUUGUACAAGAUGGCUACGAGUUUUUUGGCAAUCGUCGACUGGUCACCCUUUUCUCGGCCCCUCAUUAUUGUGGGCAAUUUGAUAACGCCGCUGCCACAAUGUGCGUCAACGAGGAACUUCUUUGUUCUUUUGUGAUUCUCCGCCCGAAGAAGAAGGUCAUCAAAAAAUCGAAAAGGCUUAAAUAA